ACUUGUUAUUCCAUUCACCAACAUGGCUGGCACCAACUCACUCAAGCACGCGCUCAAGUUUGUCAAGGACGUCAACGUGGUCUUCUCGCCCUGGAACAUGAAUGCCAAGCACGCUCGCCUGGUGCUCCAGCAGGUCGCUGCCAGCAAGGGUCAGGAUCCAGCGCUCAAGACCAACGUUGCCGUCGUCAACGCACUGCAGAACCAGACAGCGCCUACUGUCAGCGUCGUGCUGUCGGACAACACCAAGUUGGAAUUCAACUGCAACCGACAAUCGGCAAAGGAGAUCGUCGACACAAUCACAAACAAGGCAUUGGAGCUGGACAUUGUGUCGGCAUAGUGUGGUUUUGUGUGUUUUUGUCGUGGUCUCUUUGCUUAUUUCCCCCCAAAUGUACAUUAGUCGUCAAGUCCAA